UCUUCCUUAGGCCUCAGCUACUAAAGAACAAGCUCUGCUGCACUCAACUCUUUCCUCUGUGUCUUGUGUUCUUGUCUGAAAAUGGCGGCUUCAGAAGAAGUGAAAGUGCCAAGAAUCAAGCUGGGCUCGCAAGGUUUUGAAGUUUCAGCUCAAGGGCUGGGCUGCAUGGGCAUGUCAGGCUCCUACGGGCCGCCAAAGCCCGAGCCUGAUAUGAUCAAACUCAUCCACCAUGCUAUUAGCAGAGGUAUCACCCAUCUUGACACCUCCGAUUUCUAUGGACCCCACAUCAACGAAAUCCUCAUAGGCAAGGCCUUGAAGGAAGGAUUGAGAGAGAAAGUGGAGCUAGCAACAAAAUUUGCAUUGAGCUUUGAGAAUGGCAAUUUUAUUAUACAUGGUGAUCCAGCCUAUGUGAGAGCAGCGUGUGAGGCCAGCUUGAAGCGGCUUGAUGUGGACUGCAUUGAUCUCUAUUAUCAGCAUCGCAUUGAUACACGUGUGCCCAUUGAAGUCACGAUAGGAGAACUUAAGAAACUGGUUGAAGAGGGUAAAAUAAAGUAUAUAGGUCUAUCCGAGGCCUCAGCUUCAACAAUUAGAAGAGCACAUGCUGUUCAUCCAAUAACAGCUAUACAGUUGGAGUGGUCAUUGUGGAGCAGAGAUGUUGAGGAAGAGAUCAUUCCCACUUGCAGAGAGCUUGGCAUAGGGAUUGUUGCAUACAGUCCACUCGGACAAGGAUUCUUCUCUUCAGGUCCAAAGCUGAUCGAGAAUUUGACUGAAGGUGACUACCGAAAGUAUCAGCCAAGGUUUCAAGCAGAGAAUUUGGAGCACAACAAGAACUUGUAUGAGCGGGUCAAUGCCAUUGCUUCAAGGAAGGGUUGUACUCCAUCACAGCUAGCAUUGGCCUGGGUCCAUCACCAAGGCAAUGAUGUUUGCCCCAUACCUGGCACCACCAAGAUUCAGAACCUCGAUCAGAAUAUAGGAGCUUUGUCUGUAAAACUGUCCGCAGAGGAUAAGGCGGAACUCGAAUCUAUUGCUGCCGCUGUCAAAGGUAAUAGAUAUGCGACUGACGCCAACACUUGGAAAACUUCCGACACUCCACCUUUGUCAACCUGGAAGAGCACAUGAAGAGCAAGUUUGGUUUGAUAUUUGAUGGACUUUUAUUUUAGUUUUGGCUUGGAAGAACACAUUGAAUGCAAGUUUGGUUGUUUGGUCUGAUAUUUCGUGGACUUCUGUUUUAUUUUAGCUUUGACGUCUUGUGAAGUAAUCUUGAGGUACAAGAGUGUUACGUCCUGGAUUUUGUAGUAAUCAUGAAGUACAAUAGAGUUAUGUCCCAAGUUCUGGAUGUGAUAUAAUUCCAAAUCCAUGGUCCAAAUAACUUGUGUAAAAUCACCACUUAUAAACCUUUCCUUUCUUUCCUGCUUA